AUUGUAAACAAAUCGAUCACCGGACACCGCGAGGCAAAACGAAUCUGUGUAAUAUACUUAAGUAGACAAAAUCAGCAAUUUUUACAAUUCCUUCCUGUCUAUACUAAUAAAAAGUUGAAAAGUUUGUAUGGAAGCGCUAACCUCAUGUCCAAAUCAACACGAACGCAAAUCAAUGUCAUAUAAAGCAAAUAAAAAAAAAACAGUUGCUUGUGUCACACACAAGACACCUGUCCGCUGUCACUCGGUCUUAUGCAGUGGAUGGUUGUGCACUCGUUUAUUUGUUAUCACCAAGGAGAAUACAAAUACUAUUAUCACAAUGAAAGAAGAGCAAGAUGACGGAGAAUAUAUUGAUAGCAGCGAUAAUGGAGAUACAGAACCAAUUAACCGCCAUAUGAGCACAGAGAGGUUUAUAGAAGCAAUUAAAAAUAAUCCAGCAAUUUGGGAUCCUACAUCCCGCGACUACGGCAACCGAUUACAAAAGACAAAGUCUUGGGAACGGAUUUGUGCGAAAGUCAUGUCCUCUUAUUCAAAUAUGAAUGCGAGUGAAAAGAGUAAAUCAGUUUUAAAAUUGCAACGACGAUGGAAAAGCUUAAGAAGUUGCUAUUGCAGGGAGAGAAAGAAGAAGAGGAGCCAGAAAAACAGUUCAGAUGCUUCAUUUCACAAAGAAUAUCUUUAUUUUUCUCAGAUGUCAUUUUUAAAUUCUAUUCAUAGGGGAUUUAAAUUUGAGCCACCUCCGAACAGUACUCCACAAGUUACAAAGAAGGUUAUACCAAUAGUUAGUAUGGAGGUGACACCGCAUGACGAAGCUAGUAGUCAGAAGUCAGAUGAAGAUGACGCGAAAGAAAUGGUGCAUGACCAUGAUCUCAAUUUCAUACAUUCGUUAUUGCCGCAUUUUAAGAAAGUUCCUGAUGAGUAUAAAUUAGAUCUUCAGUCGGAGAUUUUAGAGAAACUUAAAAAGUAUGUCAAUUAUAACUGGGCAAAAAAUAACAACAAAAAAUCGCACCAAUAUGGACAUUACUCAAAUAAUCCUUCUGCGGCAGUGGAAACAGAUUCAGACUAUAAUUUUGAAGAAGAAUAGAAUACACUUAUUGUGAAAAUCUAACAUAAUUAACUAGUCAUGCAGUCUAUUUGGCCAUGCCUUCAAAAAUGGCAUUGGCUAUAAUACUAUUACUCGUAUUUAAAUUAUGUUCGGCAAAUAUAACAUUAUUAAAAGAGACUAAACAAAUAAAUUCUUCGGAAGAUGAGAUACGAUUUGACGAUCCCAGCCGACCGACACUCGGAUACCCUACUUCUCUAGGUUUCUUGUUUAUAUCAGCUACGUUACUAGUCGGUGUUAUAGUCAGAUCGAUUAUGCUAUGGUUGAAAUUGUGUGUUCCGUAUCGAGUGAUAAUGUUCUUUCUUGGAGGCCUCGCUGGGAUUUGCGCCAACCGCUUCCCCGCCUUCAAACCUGUCGUAUACAUUUGCUAUAUUGACGUUGACGUGCUAUUAAUCACCUUCCUACCAAUUCUGAUCUUUAGCACGUCGUACAGUGUGGAUUAUCACUCUUUUUGGAGGAGUUUCCCUCAAAUUUUACUGGUUGGAGUACCAGGAGCUUUGCUAACAGCAUUGACUGCGGCCUUCAUGGCUUAUUAUUUGAUAGAAUCAUCCUGGAAUUUUUCUACGGCUAUUCUGUUUGGGAUAAUAUGUUCUCCUAUAUACCCUAUGGAGGUUGUUAAGCAGUUAAAAGAACUUUCUAGAGGGAAAUAUAUUGGCGUCCUGUUGCUUGGUGAAGGAUUGAUUGGAGAUGCAACGGCUAUGAUCGAAUUUACUGCUGUUUUUGGGUAUCUAGCAUUAGCGUUAACUGAAGCUUCGCAAAUAUGCAUAUUACUCCUAAGAUAUGCUGGUGGUGGGAUCCUUUUGGGGCUUGUCAUGGGUAAAAUAAUCGGUUGUGUGCUCUCAAUAACUUACUACGAUAUUCUAUGUGCAGUAACUGUAACGAUUUCUGGGGCUUACCUGACUUACUAUAUCGGAGAGAAGUUCCUAUACGUUUCUGGGUUACUAGGAACUGUUAUAGCAGGAGUGUUAGUCAGUAACAAGAAGUCCACAGUUGCUGGAGACGUGGAGCAGGUAGUAGCACAUUUCUGGACCAUUAUGGCCCACGCUGCUAAUACUUUGGUGUUCACGAUGGUUGGUGUGGUCAUUUUUGAGAAAGUCAGUUAUGUGAUCAGCGUACGACAAGUUUCGCUUGUGUUUGUUACGUAUACUACGGUUUAUUGUUCGAGGUUGAUGGUGUACUCAAUAAUGACUCCAAUUCUCCGUCAUGUCGGCUAUGGGAUGACUUGGCAGCAUUGUAUGGCGUGUGUUUGGGGAGGGCUCCGAGGACCUUUGUCUUUAUGCCUUGCUCUUAUUGUUCUUCAAACUCCUGCUGUUGCUGAUGCAGGCGAGAUAUUUAUAAUCCAAACCGCGGGUCUUGUGAUCUUAUCUCUCCUUAUAAAUGCAACAACCAUGCAAAAGGUGCUCAAGAUAUUGGGAUUAGCUGAGAUAUCCUUAGCAAAGAAAGCUAACAUGACGAACUGCGUGAAAAGAAUUAUGACAACGAGAGAUCGUUGCAUCUCCAUGCUUAAGAUGGAUAAGUUUCUAGCUGAUGCUAAUUGGGACUUGGUUAUGGAAGGAACAACAAUUAAACACCCGUACCAAAUACAAAUAUCAGGUCGUGAUGAAGACAGUGAUGAUGAUACUUACAUGGGGUACCGGUAUACCACUUGUCCAGAUUGCGAACGAGAGAUACCCAACGAGCCGACAAAGAAAGAGUUUGCUGAAAUGAUGAGGGAAGCAAAUCAGCGCGUAUUAAAGGCUAUGAAGAUCUCGUACUGGCGCCAAUACGAGCACGGUAAGAUCAGCAAGGAUGGAGUCAGGUUGCUGGUGCAGGCUGUCGAGGUGGCUGCUGAUUCUGAACAUGGCAGGAUUAAUUUGGAACAACUGGGCUCUUUGUGGAGACCUAAGGCCCACGCCAUCAAACUCCGUCGCAAACUCGUAAACAUGCUGAGCACUGAAGCAGGUAGUGCGCAGGUCCCACACGGCCGAUGCAGGCAGAUCUGUUACCGCCUAGUCUCCAACGUGUGGUUCGACGUGUUUAUUUACGUCAUGAUACUAUGCAACACGCCGGUAAUCCUGUGCGAGGUGGCCACACGACCUCCUGUGACUCCGUUAAUGGUUUACACUAUUAAGAGCUUGAAUUUGUUUUUCUACAUCAUUUACGUGUUGGAAAUGAUACUGAAGAUGGUGGCGCUGGGCGUCGGCGGAUACUUCAAGUCACAUUGGAAUAAACUGGAUUUCUUCAUCAUCGUAAUGGCUACUGGCGAUUUAGUUUUAGAUAUCAUUGACGCUCUCACGCCUUGGGAUAAGUGGAGAAACUUGAAUUCUAGCGUUCUCACCGCUACUAAAUUGUUGAGGAUGCUGAGAUUUCUUAGGCUGUUCAAAUUGGCAAGAGUAUCAGUUCCGAAGAUCAUGGCUUAUAUCGAUCGGAUGAUUGACAUACAGUUAGCUUUUGGAUACGAUGUUGGUAAGGGUUUUGUAACCGGUGAGCAAGAGGUGUGCAAUCUGCUACCUCAGUUAGUUGACAACAGGCAGAUCCAGGAAACGUUGAAUGCUAGACUAGAAGCUGAUAGGUUGACAGUAACUCGCCAGCUGGGUUUACUGCAGCGAGACCGCCCCUGGACAGCAAUAACAGUGAAGACACGGCAAGCUACCACAUCCACGCUGAAUAUUAUGUUAUUAGACGCUAUGCAGUUGAAGGAAGAAGGAUUCUUGGAUGAAAUGGAAUACCGUUUGCUAGUAAAUGCAAUACAGGAGAAGGUGCAAAUGUGUCGUCAUAAAGGCAGCCUAGUGGCUCCCUCUGCGCCUGAGACCCAACUACGGGCAGUGUCAUGGCUACAAGGAAAUGAAAGGGUGGCAGACUUCUUCCUUGAAAACUCACAAAUCUUCAACUACAACUUCAAUGAUAUAUUGAUAUCUAGAGGUGACGAGCCCAAAGGCUUGUACAUUGUUGUGUCAGGGCUCUUGGAAGCCAGCUACGUGCCGCCCGACGGCGAUAUUGAUGAAGCAAUACCCAACUACGAGUUCUUUACUGAUUUAAAAUUUGCCGAGCCUAGCCAAGAUUAUAUCGUUUCUGGCAAUGCUGUUGGCGUACUUGGGGUUUUGACGAAUCGCCCGUACAACUACACUGUACGCUGUGACUCUGCCGUGCAAGCUUACUUCAUAACUUUGCCUAUAAUAAAGGAGGCGUUCAAGAUUGCCCCACAUCCGAUUAUGGGGUUAGAAUCUGCAAUGUGGCGCGAGAUAGGCAUCAAGUUUUCCAUGAUGGUAAUGCCUACUGUGCCAGCGUACCACAGUUGGCCAGCUGAGAAACUAAGCAUGCGUCUAGAACAUUCCUUCGUGCCGUGUCUCAAGGCUUUUAAAGUAUUUGUGGUCAACGAACUUAUGGAAGAUAUUGUAUUACUGGAUGGGAUUUGUCAAGACAUGGCGACCAGGGAGGUGUUCCAACCACCAUGUUAUAUACCAAGGACAGUGCAUCGACUGAUCUUCCCCAAGUCGUCCCAGCUGAUUGUGGGUAAGGGAUGCCCGGAAACCAAACUGCUCAUUAUCCCGGCGAAAGAUACAGACGAGUUCGACAUCAUGGAGGACGAAAUAGAUGAUGUCCAGUGCGAAUUGGUAUCGAACGCAUCAUCUCGUUGUCUCUACCACAAAGUGGUACGCAAACUAUCAAACGAUAGUCGUGGGCCGGCACGACGACCGCGGCCGAAGCGUCGCCGUGCCGCGCGCCGCGUCAACUACAGAGAGUCGGUCUGGGGAAAGCAGAUCUCAACACCUCUUCUUGGGGCUCCGGGUGCUAGCGAAAAAGAGUUGAGUUCUAAAUAUUACAGGCCCAGUGUUCAAGACACGCCUGAAAAACUCGAGUCUCCGAAAGCCAAAGCUGAAGUGAGACAUCUGGAUCCCGUCCCGGCGACUCCAAACACUUCCCCACUGGCCUCGAUGCCAAGCCGGCGUGUGGAAUCAGAACUUGAGAUAUACACCACUACGUUGACGAAGAACAAAAGGAGCUCAUACGUAUCAUAUACAUCGCAAAAUUGAUUUUUUAUACUAUGUAUUUAUUGUGUUCGUUUAUUUUACAACAUUACUUGUAUUAUGAAUUUACUUAAAAUUGUAUAGUAUUUUUAUUGUAUAAUCAAUGUUUUUUAUUUUAUUUAUCUCAUUAAAAAAUGCAUCAUCUUCAAACAAAAAUAUCUUUACAUAUUAUUAUGAAACAAAGCCCUCCGCCGCAUCAAUCUGAACGCGAUAAGCUCAAAAACUACCGAAUGGAUUUCGAUGAAAUUUAGUAUAGGGAUAGUUUGAGACCUCGGGAAGGAAAUAGGCUACGUCGUAUCCCGUACUCAUACGCAGGUGAAGCUACGAGCAAUUAGUUAGUAUGAAAUAAAAUAACUAUAAAUAUUUAAUUGUUUAAUAUCUAAAAAGUAAUCAAACUAAAAAAUAGAAAAAUCUAAGAAUCCGAAACAUUAUUUGACCGCUGUCUUAUACAGGUUGUUUGAAAAGUUGAUUUUUUAUUUUAUAAAACAUGUACUUCACAAGUAAAACAACAUAAAAUUUAGGAAUGUUAAUAAAAUGCAACCAAAUUAAAAUGAAGACUGUAUCUUUUAGCACCACCACAGUCUACAUGAUAGUGACCUUACAUUAUUACUAGAAAUAUAUCAUUUGAAAUCAAUAACAUACUCUUACAUUCAGAAGAAACUUUAAAAUUACAGUUUUUUUUACUACACAUAGAUUUUAUACAUCAAAUGUAUACUAAAAUUUCUAGGUUAUAUUAUACCAUUGACAAAUAUUUCCAUAAUAAUGUUAGAUCGAUAAAUAUAAUAACGGACAACAUAACAAUAUUAAUAUUGAACUUUAUUGCUUUCUGAAAUUU